AUGGUCAAUAAUGAGGAUUCAAAAAAGGACACUGGUGUCCCCCAUUCAAAUAUCGCUGGUGACAACCAAUCCAAUUCAAUGAAUAAUGAAAAAUUGAGUAGAAGAACGCACAGAAUCAUUUUUAAACCUCUCUCGGUAGAUGAUAAUAUGAUUACAAAUAAUAAUGUACAGUGUCUUAAUAUACCUGAUGGAAAUAAAAUCAAGAAAGUUUAUAUCCCAACCAAUUUGAAAGAUCCUCACGAAAUUGCUAGAAUAUUUAAUGCGGCUGUGAGUGUCAAUAAAUCCGGGACUGGAAAAACCACCAUGACUACCACAACGAGAACCAUUGCCAAUCAACAGGAAAGUGCUCCAAUCACUUCCACAACUAUUGUUGAGCUAGAUCAACGUAAUAACGAAGCUGUAGCUGAAGUUAAAAUAGAUGGAAUAAAUAUCGUCGAAGAAGGACUGGAGAAUGCACAACAACAGCAACAAACAGGCGCAACGGGGCUCAAUAAAAAUAAACAAGAACCUGUAGAAAAGCAUAAAGUUGAACCCACGGUAUCAAAGAAGAAAUUGCUGGACAGCCGUGUGCUUAACUCAACUAAACCACCAAAUAAACCAUUCUGUACAAUGACUAUGGAGGAAAGAGUAGAAAGAUUAAACUCUACGGUGGGGGAAGAUCAAAUACCUUUACCAGCUAUUAAUAUAUUCCAUUUAAAAGAAUUAGAAGUUAAUGAAAUCAUUAAAAAUGCUCAACUAAGACAUGAUAUUGUAUUCGAUCCAAAUUUACAAUUCAGACCCAACCUUGAUGGAAAUAUCGGUGUUAAAAAGAGAGAACUAUCGCAACUGUACUGGAAUGAUUUAGAAAAUGAAAUUAUCAUAUAUCGAAAUGACAUUAGUCUAUUUAAUCUGAAGAAAUCAAGAUUGUAUCCAUUGUUUGAUAAUAUUAGAAAAAUUAUGAUGACUAUUGUCACGCCAAAUGAUUACCAAAUGGUGAAGGAUGUUUUAAAUCCAGAAAUGAAUGUCCAAAAUUUGAUAAGAGAUACCUUGGAUGUAAACAACCUGUCGUCUUGGAUAUAUGAUAUUUUGAAAAAAUAUUGUGCCCCAAUGAGAGACUCUUUGGUUGAAAAACUGAAUACUGCAUUCGAGAAGGCAAUCGAACUAAAAUCCUUACAUGAAUUUAUUGGCUGUAUUGCACUAUUCCUUGAGAUAAUGGAACUAAUGAGACUGGAUAUGGCUAACCAUCAAAUUAGACUUAUAAGGCCGGCCCUAAUUUCGAAUUCCAUUGAAUUUGAAAGGCAGUAUAAUCAAACUAUUCUGUCGAAACCUAAUAAUAUUUAUGUCAGUUCAUUCCAUUGGUUUAAGAAAACAUAUGACGAGGAAGUAUCAAAUGGUAAUCUCAUUGUUGGACAGACUCUUCCCAGACAAAUUUAUAGAUUAGUCAUAAAAGAUAUCCUGAAUUUAACUUCAUGUUCGAAUAUGGUAGAUGAGUUCCCAAUUAUAUUGAGCACGGAUAAAGCCCUUUUAUUGUCCCUGAGAUCAAAAAUCAGACAAAUUGUCUGUUUAAUGAUAUGCAAACUAUUAUUCGACCAAUUAGUUAUGCAUCAUGAAGCCGUGAGAAUUGACAAUAAAUUGAAAACUUUCAUUAAAAGUUCAUAUUCAAAUGAGGAAAUGAUAGCUGAUAUUAUUGCUAUAAUUAAAGAUGAAAGUGGUAAUUUUAAGUGGACAAGAAAUACAUCUGCCGUUUCUUUACAUUUAUAUUACAAAAUUCAACAGUUAAUCAAUCGUUAUAACAUAGAGCAAAACGAACCUGGAGAAAAUAGACAAGAAUCAAAAACUAGCACACCGGCAUUUGUAAACUUAGCUGAGGAAAAUAUUGCGUUUGCAAAACAAUGGCUAGCUAAACAAAUACAAUCAAAUACUCCGGUGUAUCAAUUAUUAGAGAAAAGAGUUUAUAAAAUCAUCGAAAAUGUUAUAUACAAUAUAUCUGAUUGUACAUUAGGUGGUGAAAUCAAUCAAAGUUAUAUGAAAGUAUUUAACAAAAAUGAGAAAAAAAUCGAUUUAAAAACAUUAAUCAGUUUAUCUAAAUCGAGCCAUUAUAACAACAACGCUAAUAACGAGGAUGAAAAUAACAACACUUUAUUCUUAUUAUCAGAUGAGCAAAAAUUCUUACCAAUUAGUUUAAAACAUUUUGAGAAUGAAAUCUUAUUAGCAACAACAUUAAUUAAUUUCCAUUGGUCUGUCGUCGGGUACCACUAUGUCCAAUUUUUAGGAAAUAACAUAUCUAAAUAG